AUGACAUCCAUUCACCGCUGCAGCAACUGUGGCUACGAAACGGAUGUCACAAAUGGACUUGCAGCAUUUGAAGAGCAUGCAUACUGUCGACAGUGCGGGCUCUCAGCCGCCGAGAGCGACUCGAAGAUGUACAACGAACUCGCCGGCAUGAUGGGGACUCACCUCAGUCUCGUCCAACCUCAACAUGGUCAGUCGAUGCCUGCAACACCACAGGUCUCUCCACAGCCCGCUCCAAUCGCGUACAUCACGCAGCACUACCAUCACUCAGCACACCAGGCACCAGCCUCCGAGAGACAGGCAUCAGACGUCCUUGAAGAAGCUGGUGUCAAUGCGUCAGCACUGUUGCCUUCUCAGCUGCUGCUUUUCAAGAACGCCGAUGAUGAGCAGAAGCGGCGACUCGUCGAGCUGUGGAGAAUCUCACCACCAACGCCAGGCAACCAGCUGCCUCCCUGGGCCAACACCGACUGGCCACAGACGAACAUGGAGCUGGAAGAGGAAGCUGCGAGACUUAGAUGGGAAGCGAUGGAGCGAGACCGUCUCAAAACCCUUUGUGCCCUGCCAGGCUACGAUUCACGAGGUACUGCCGAGCCAUACAUGACCAAGCUGUAUGAAACGAAGAUAGACGUCGAGCCGCUGUCGAAUCCUGCAUCUUCGCCAGACGAUCAGACAUACAAACGAUGCAAAGAUCCAGUGUAUAACCACAGUCGUGAAUGGUGGCAGAUGGGUGAAGAUGACCACAUGGAGCAUCAGAACAUGAAGCGCAACGGCAACUCCGCUGUAAACAAAAUCUACAAUCCGAAGAACAAACGGCCAGACAUUCCGCUUGACGCGGAUGAGGUGGAUUCGGCCAUGGAGCGAUUCAUUCGCAAGAAAUACCAGGAGAAGAGCUUGGAGAGCGGCAGACCUGAGCCUCCUUCGCGGAGCAUGCGUAGCGAAGUCUCACCAACAGUCCCUCCCAAAUCGCCGACAUACGAACCGGCUGCACCGGUCGCGCCAGCCAAGAAGAGCAGAUUCUUCGGGUUCGGCUUGCGCGCAUCAUCCUCGACACUGCCUUCGUCGAAGUCCAGCAAGAAGAAGCUGCCGCCAGAGCCUACAGUCGACAGUGCGUGGCCGAUCUCUGGAGACGAUGUUGGGUCAUUGUCGAGGUCUACGGCGCCGAUCUCAGAUGCAGAGCUACACCUUAAGAUCACACAACUGAAAGACAUGGGCUUCCCGAACACACAAAUCAACUCGAAAAUGCUACGGCGAAUGAAUGGUGAUCUGGCCAGGACAAUCGAUGCCCUGGUGCAGCUGGGUCCUCAACCAGCAGAACGGACGUCGUCUGUCAACAACAGUGUCAUGCCGCAGGCUACGGGCUCUUCUCGAUCGAACGCGCCUACGGCGCCUGGAUCCGACUCAGCUCAGUCCGGCAUCAAAGCGACACACACAGGUGCCUCGAGGGGCUCGAACAAUCCUUUCGAUCAGGUAUCAGGGGGCCAGUCAGGCUUUGGUCUGUCAAUGACCCCGGCUCAGCCGCUCAGCAGCGGCAAACAUCCUUUGGCAUCAUUCCAGAAUCUGCAGGUCUCUCAACCGCCUCCACAGCCACUGUUUCCAAACAACACGGGUGGCUUCGCUGGGCAACAUUAUGGGAUAGCGGAUCCACGUACGCAAACAAUGACGCCACCUGCGAUGAUCUCCCAGCAGUAUGGAUACACAGCGUCUCCAGGGCCAUUGCCGACGAACUCCAACCCAUUCUUCCAACAGCCACAGCCACAGUUGCAGCCUCAGCAGACUGGUACCAAUCCUUUCAUGCAGCAGCAGCAGCAACCUCAACAGUCAUUCUACGCUCAACAGACCGCGCCAGUCCAACCUAGUGGUGCGGUGUAUGGUCAGCAACAGAGCGUCUAUGGUCAGCAGCAACCACAGGCACCGAACAACCCAUUCAUGUCACAGCAACCGCAAUCACCGUCGGCAUACUCUGCUGCGAAUAAUCCAUUCGGUAUUCCGCCGUCGGAUUCCGCCCAGCAACAGCCACAGCAAGGUCAGCAGUCGCAACAGGGAUCAUUCGACUCUGGUGCACAAAUUGGGGUCCCAGGACUCUUCGCCGGUGGUGCUGCGAACCCUUUCCAACAACAAAUGAUGGCGCAGCCUCAACAAGGACAGAUGCCGAACUUCCAGUAUGGGCAGCAACAGCAGCAACAGCAGUCACAGUACCAGCAACCCCUACAACAGAUCAACAACAACCCGUAUGCAAAUCUGUCGCAAGGCGCAAGUCAGUACGGGCAACCUGGCCAGGCUAUGCCGAUGGCUCCUCAGCAGACUGGCCGCUAUGACAAGAAUUCAAUUAUGGCUCUGUACAACUAUCCUACCCUGACGCCGGCCAAACAACAAGGUCUUUCCUCAAUCCCAGAGCCUGGCAAUGAACAGGAUCCUACGUAUCAAGCACAGCCAACGAUCCCCCAGCGGAGCGCUACUAUGCCUGUCACCAUGAGCAACAUGCAUUCGGCAGGAGGAGCGGGCAAUCUGGCAAGCGUGAACAGAAAUCCCUUCAUGCAGAAUUCAAUGCAGGGAUCGAGCAGCACAGGAGGAGGCAUCAUGUCACAUUCGAGUCGAGAUAGCAUGGCCAUCAACAAUCUGGAGAGUGGAAGACACAGUCCGGAUGCUUUCGCUAAUCUGAGCGCGCGGUAUGCGUGA